UUUCAAUUAGACAGAAAAACUUUGAAAACACCUAAGAUUUUGAGUAGCCUAGUUCCAAACUUGAUACAAAAUCCACUGGAUACAUGUAAAUGUGAACUCUCAAUGUACAUGUAGCGAUAGUUCUUUGUUGCGACAUGGCAGAACCUACAAAAGGUGAUGGUUUCCGAAGUAUGUUGUUCAACAUGCUGGACCAGGUGAAAAAUGACCAGGAUGUGCAGGUUGUUGACUCUGUACCAGGGUCUAGUGGUGGAACCCAGCCACCAGUUAGUUCUAACCCUCAACUGCCACCCCCAGCCAUAAAGGACAGCGAUUUACAAUGCCUGCCCCCUCCUAACCCUAUGGGCGCAUUGGGCGGUGCAUCUAACAUGGCACCUGAUGCAAUGGGCAGUGGAUUUAACCUAGCAACUCCUAUGGACAGUGAAUUGGCCAAUUUAGGACUUGAGUUCUUCAACCAGGAGCAGCUUGAGCAAAAUCUUGUCGAACAGAUGCAAAAGCAAAUGGAGGAAGAAGAACGUACCAGAUGGAAGAAAAUCAUUGAAAAAGAUCUUAAAGCCAUUAAGGAAGACAUAAGAAAUGUGAAACAAGAGUUGACAAACUUUGAAAAGGUGAUAUCCAUGUUACCUGGCCAGGGAGCAAUGAACAGUAGGGAGAACAAGAAUAAAAAGAGUGCCAUUAACAAACAGAAAGAGAAUAAGUUGAACCAAUUGAAAACUCUCAAAGCUCGUGAAAAAUCUCUGACGAUGAAGCUCCAUGGGAAUACAGAUGGUUUAGCGCAGGAUGAGGAUGAUGGCCUGGAGCAAGCAAUGGGUCUAGGUGGCACCGCUAAAGAAACGGAACAUGAGCGACGCGUAAGACUUGGAGAAAUUACCCCAUUUGGAUCAAGUGCUUUCUCGCAGGAUUCAGGAAAAUCAGCAUUUUUACAACACUCAAAAAGUACUGGUAACUUAGGAAGUAUCGGGAAAGAUGCAAAAUUGCACAAGUCUAAAAGUUCAGACAAUGUGUCAAAAAUUUCUGACUUUGAGAAAUACCUCAUAGAUCAAGCUAAAAUCUCAAAAAGUAUGAAAAUUCCUAAAAAGAGGAAAUCUAGUUCAGAAGAGACCACAAGAACAUUAACUCCAAAGAUGGCGAAACUCACAACUGCUAAAUCAAUGAAAAAGCACAAACGUCCCCCUAAAUAUUUUGAAGGUUCAGAUGUACCCAAGAAAUCCAAUAGGAAAACUGUGUAUAAAACGACAACAGAGCGCAACAUACGAUCUAAAGUGAGUGCCCGUAAAGAUGGCACUUCAAACUUUUUCGACCAGAAUGACCAUCGAACUCACCAAAAGGAAACAGAAUACAAAAACAUCAACACAAAAUCCCAUAAACUUGGUCACAAUUUUGACAGUGAUCCUGAACUUAGCGAUCGCACAAAUAGCGAUGACUCUGGUCAGGAAAGUGAUGAAAGCAUAGACCUAGGUGCAAUAAAGAAUAAAUUCAAGAGCAAACGGGAUAGGCUGGUGAUGCCUUAUGAGGGACAGUACGACAGUGAGGGAUCAGGGGCAAGUGAUGCAGGGUCAUCAGGCAGCGAGUAUAAACCUGAUAAGGAAGCAAGCUCAGAUGAUGAAGCUUCUGCAACAGAAAAGAGUCCAAGGCCUCAACGACCGAAACGAAGCAUGAAAGCAAAAGAUAGAUGGCAGGAGAGUAGCAGUGGGAGGUCAUUGGGUGGGUCAGUUAGACGCACCAAUAGUAACCAAGGCAGCAAUAGUAAAGAUGAUGGGGAUGAUGAGAUGUACUUGCGGAGGCUGAAGAUUCAUAAAAAGGCGAAGUUACAGAGGCGACAUUCCAGGAUAUUAGCAGGGGAGGAAGAGGACAGUGAUGGGUCGGACUUUGAGAUGGACAAUGGUUUUAAAGUUCCUGGUCAAAUAUGGAACAAACUUUACAAGUACCAGAAAACAGGUGUAAAAUGGCUGUGGGAACUUCACGGACAGCAAGCUGGUGGUAUUGUAGGAGAUGAGAUGGGACUAGGUAAAACUAUACAGAUGAUAGCAUUCCUGGCUGGGCUGCAGAUCAGCAAGCUACGGGAGAAGGGCUGUAGGUUCACAGGUCUCGGUCCAGUGCUCAUUGUAACUCCCACCACAGUGAUGCACCAGUGGGUGAAGGAAUUCCACACAUGGUGGCCUCAUUCUAGAGUUGCUAUUCUACACUCAUCAGGUUCCUAUAGGUCAUCAGAGAGCAACUUAAUACAUAAUAUAGUUGCUAAGAAUGGUGUCCUGAUUACAUCAUUCAACCAUAUCGUCAUCUACCAGGAGGCGCUGCUGGAGCAUGACUGGCAUUAUGUCGUACUUGAUGAAGGUCACAAGAUCCGAAAUCCCGAUGCCCAGGUCACUCUUGCAGCAAAACAAUUCCGUACCCCCCACAGGAUAAUUCUCUCUGGGUCCCCACUACAGAACAACCUCAAAGAACUCUGGUCGUUAUUCGAUUUUGUAUUCCCGGGUAAACUCGGCACACUCCCUGAUUUCAUGCAGCAUUUCUCUGUACCAAUCACGCAAGGUGGAUACGCUAAUGCCUCGACAAUACAAGUCCAGACAGCCUAUAAAUGCGCCUGUGUGCUCAGGGACACUAUUAAUCCGUACUUGAUCCGACGUAUGAAAGCUGAUGUAAAUAUCCAACUCCCGAGUAAAAAUGAACAAGUGUUGUUUUGUCGGCUAACGCAAGAGCAGGUGGAUGUUUACAAGGAGUAUCUACAGUCUAGGGAAUGUCAACAAAUUCUAGCCAAAGAGUUCAUGAUUUUUCCUGGGCUCAUCACCCUGCGAAAAAUCUGCAAUCAUCCAGAUCUUGUCACUGGGGGUCCUAAAAUCUUCAAAGGUGAGGACUAUGACAAAAGUGACAGGUCCCUGGAUUUUGGCCACUGGAAGAGGGCAGGGAAGAUGCUAGUGGUAGAGUCACUGCUGAAGCUAUGGAAGAAACAGGGACAUAGGGUACUGCUGUUUACUCAGGGAAGACAGAUGCUGGACAUUGUGCAAGGUUUCGUUGAGCAAGAAGGCUACAGCUACAUGCGAUUGGAUGGGGGAACAUCAAUCAACGCUCGCCAACCUCUCAUCCAUCGUUUCAACACUGACCCUGACAUCUUCGUCUUCCUGUUGACGACUCGGGUGGGAGGCUUAGGGGUCAAUCUCACAGGAGCCAAUAGGAUCAUCAUCUUUGACCCCGAUUGGAACCCCAGCACGGACACCCAGGCGCGGGAAAGAUCCUGGAGGAUUGGACAGACGAAGCAGGUGACGAUUUAUCGGCUGAUCACUGUUGGAACCAUAGAGGAGAAAAUCUAUCACAGACAAAUCUUCAAAACAUUCCUGGCUAACCGUGUUCUCAAGGACCCGAAACAACGCCGUUUCUUCAAAUCAAAUGACCUCUUUGAACUCUUUACACUUCAAACCACAGAAUCGAAGGGAACAGAAACGAGCGCUAUAUUUGCCGGCACUGGCUCAAAUAUCAGGGUACCAAAACCACAAGUGCAGUCGAAAGGGAGUAAAUCGAAAACAAGGAAUAUAUUUGAUGAAAUGAAGGAAAAAGAAAAACAGAAAAUUGCUAUGGAUGAUGAUGAUGAUACUGUAGUUGGUGAUAAAAGUGAAAACAAAGACGAAGACAAUACAGAAACAAAUGCUCAACAAGACACACCCGUUGAAUCUGCUAUUAUGAAGGAGCUUGGUAUUAUAAAAACAGAACAAGGCUCUGAAGACUAUAUUCAAGUAGAACAUGAAAUAGCUCAAUCUCCAUCUGUGGACACACCAGUGAGAUCUGACAAUGACACUCCACAGGCAAUGGACACGCCAUUGGGACCAGGAACUCCACAGAGCUCAGACUCAAAUGAAAAGUUCAUUAAAGUAGAAUCUGAAAUCUCAAACCCCGAGUCAUCCAUACCAACCUUUGGAAACAUAGACACUUCAAAUAUUAAACAGGAGCCUGGAAUCCAACUACAGAAUGAAAUUAGUGACUCGCAAUUUCAAGACAUUCCAGAUAAACCCGAAAAUUCUUUUGAGGAACCAGUUGAGGAAAAAGACAACCAAAAUGAUCAGCAAAACAUUACAAGUGACAAACCAAAUGAACUUGCCGAUGAUGAAAGUGCAAAUACAGAGGAAGAUGAACGCAAAGCUAAACUCAGGGAACUAGCCAAGAAAUUAAGUCAGAAAAUUGGAAGUCAAUCAAAAGACAAAACCGGCUCUGUUAAGCCAUCAACGAGUAAAUAUGAAACUUCUAGUCACCAUGACAAGCACCAUAAGACACAUGGUAAACGUCAUGACAAGGAACAGCGACACAAAAGCAAGCAUAAAGACCGAGGUGAAAAAAAAGAUAGACGAAGAGAAAAAGACCAUAAGAGGAAGAGAAGACAUAAAGAUGCAGAGAUUGAAGGUGAAGCAAUACAUAACCUAGCCAAAGUGAGAGGCUACAAGAAUGAGAACUCAGAUGAGGAAAAAGCAACUAACAAACAACAGGAUGACUUAGUUCUGCACAGUCUCUUUAAGAAACAGGGUAUCCAUAGUGCAUUACAACAUGAUAACAUCAUGAACUCCGCAACCGCAGACUACGCUAUAGUUGAAGGCGAGGCGGAUCGUGUGGCUAAGGAGGCAGCGAGGGCUUUGAAGCAGUCCCGCAGUAGGUGUCUCCCAGCUGCAUCGGGGGUCCCUACAUGGACGGGAAAUUAUGGCGAAGCCGGAGCUCCCAAGGCAUCCAAGCCCCGAUUUGGUCAGAAAAAGAAUCCUAAACUUGCUGCAACUCCCGAUCCUCCCAAACCCACAGUGGCCCCACAACCAUCUGCCUCUAAACCAAAAAUAAAACACUUUGACGGAACUGCUUCCGGGUCAGUAAAACUGGAUGGAUUAUCAACAAAAACAGAAACGGUGAUGUCAUCAAAGGAGCUGAUGGCGCGGAUGAGAGAGCGCAACGAAACUGUGGCGCAAGCAAAGGGUACAAACAUUGAUAGCGGAAGUGAACAUGAAACUGAAACAGUUAGUAAUAUUGCAGAGGAAGACAUUGAACUGAUCACAGAUAUCAGGAAUUGUAUUGCGUUUCAGUGUAAUGUCGAUGGACAGGCCACAACUCAGGAAAUAUUGGACAGGUUUGGCGAUCGAUUGCCGAAGUCAGAGUCUGCGAAAUUCCGAGCAAUGUUGAGGCAGUUGUGUUCAUUUGGUAGAAUAGAUGGGAUAGGGACUUGGAAGUUGAAAUCGGAUCUCAGAUAGUGUUAUUUGGCGAUUGGUCCGAGUAAACUUGUAAGAAAGAGGAAAAUUGAACCAAGGGAUCGACUAAAGUUUCAAGCUGAUGAAUUGCUUGGAGUGCUGCACUAGUAUCCUGUUAUAUCGUGUUGAGAGGUUCUCAUUUGAUUGCUCCAAAAAUCAGGUCACAGGUGAAUAUUGAUAGAUCAUUUAUCGCACAUGAUGAUCAUGUGUGAAUUAUUGUAUCGUGGACUGAAUAAUUGCAUCAUGGAUAUGUACAAUGAUGUACAAUGACUGAGUGAUUGUAUCAUGGGUUAUGAAUAAUUAUAUCAUGAAUAUGAGUAAUUGAUCGUUAUAUCAU